AUGAUUGUUACAAUGCCAUAGUGUGAACACAUUUAUUGCAUCCAAUGCAACUCUUCGUUAUAUUAUUUUUGUUUGUUACAGUUUUGGAAUGUUGCUGCAUAUAAUAAACAUAUCUUCUAUUUAGAAUACUGCAAAAUAUAUACUACUAUUUCAUUGAAAAAUAAAACAUUGAGAUAUUCGAACCUUUAAUGUAGUGCCAAAUCUAUUUGUAUUAAAAUGUAUCGAAAAGCACAACCUGAUUGCCUUCGUUACUUCUUGUCUAAACUAAGUUCAGGCAGCUCAAGCUCUGCACAAGUUGAGGAAUUGGCACGCGUGCUUGUGGAAGUGGGCAAUUACGAAAAAUCGCUAGCAUCAGAAACCGUACAAAAUGCUUUGAAGGAUGGUAUACUCAAACCGGUGCUACACAACAAUGCAGGAUCCUCCAGAGUUCCGCGUUUAUUGCGUUUACCAAAACAGAAGGAAAUUUUAGAGAAUAAUUCACAUGAUUUCUACUGUUAUGAGUGUCAUUUACCGGGCGCCUUAACGCACUGUCGACAGUGCUCCCGUUCGUUUCAUCGACUCUGCUAUCGCAAAGAACCUGAACGGCCCAAUUACACGGUACCAUCAGGGAAAUUUCAAAAGAAUCGUCCACCGGCCUUCAGUUCAGACACUGAUGCUGACUCUGAUGCCGAUGACACAGUACAGGAAAAUACUUCCUUUGAUUAUGAGAGUGACGUAAGGAUAUCAUCAUCAUUGCUGCAAAUAGAUACAGGUUCUACUAACAGUGGAGGCCAACAGCGCUUCACCGAAGAGAUUACAGUUGAUAGCACAUCCUCGCCUAUUCAAACCGAUUUGAAUAACAUUGAAGAUGAAGUAGCGAAUACGUCAAACGCAACAAAAAUUGGCACUGAGCUAAAUAGAAAUCAGAAAAUCUAUCGGGAAGAUUUUGAAAUAGAGUCAAAGACUAAAGUGGAAGUUGUUUGCAUGGGCGAAAUACGACCCCCAACACGAAAACGUCCACGCACUCUCACCUCAAAUUUGUCGUAUAAAAGUGAGAUCGGCUUAAAUGAAGAACUGGAAUCAGAUUUUGAACUUUGUACUUGUUGUCGACUGUUAAAAACAGCUGAGCUGCGACAUCCUCCAAAUAUGCGACCGGACGAAUUAAGUUACUUGAUUGAUUUUACGUUUGAGCGUAAUCGUUCGUGGAAAAAUAACACUUUUAAUCAUAAACAGGUCAGUAAUGACGUCCAAAGUUACUUAGAGUCAAUAAAAAUACCUGUUGGGGUGAUUUCGGACGUUUCAAAAUUACUAUUUAAAUUUCCCGAAAAACAUUUGGAUUCCAUAGCAGCUAAAUUGAAAGAAAUGCAGUAUAACCUCUUGACUGAAUUCUUUGUAGACGUUCUUGACUUGCAACAUAAUAUUGGUGUAUUUUUUGGUCCUAAUAGCAUGGAAAUGGAAGCUACGAAAUGGAUGGUUCGUGACAUUGCAUACGAUUUGGCUGAGAUUCGUCGUUGUCCAGAUUGUUUUCGGCACUCACAUGAAAAACAUUCUAACGUUUGGUUUGCGAAACCCUGCGUUCAACGUCACGAAUUAGUUUUUGCAAAGCACAGUGGUUUCACAUAUUGGCCUGCAAAAGUAAUUCGACUUCUGCCAAAUAAUAAAUACGAUGUUCGUUUUUUCGGCGGUAAUCAUUCACGUGCACUCAUCGAAUCGCGUUUAAUUCGCUCAAUCGAUACAGAUAUAAAGUCUUUAAAGAUCGGCAAUAAGCCGGCUAUUAAAAAAGCGCUGGAAGAACUACGUAUACAUCAAGUUUUAUCAGCAUAUCCGCCUUGUAUAUUUUCUUUUCAUGCAAACAAAAAUGAAAUGGAGCAAAUUAUAAGGAAUGCUUUACAAAGAACAGCAAAUCAGUUCCUGGAGAACACUAAUAAGACAAGAAAACCACCAAUUCGUCGGCAAACGAUUUGUAACACUGCUCCACCUAUUAGAAUGGAUACUCGCUUGGAUAUUUCUGACGACAUAGUGUCUUUGCCUCAUGUCGAACCGCCUAUGCUGAGUGACAGCGGAUUCCUAAAUGAUACAGAAACCAGAUCAAGAACGAGAAGAUCGCAGUAUAGCAACCCAAAGUCAUCAAAACGACUAACACGUUCUUCGAAUACUCUAAUAAGUGUGGCAGAUUUAAAACAGGUUCAAGAUCAACUUGAUGACGCCUUAAAAGUAGUAGCAGCUACACAAAAGAAAAAUGAAAAAUUGCAAGCGAAUAUAGAAAAGCUAAAAGCAUCAAUUAAAAAACAUGAACAUGAAAAGAAAAUCCUUAAACGAAAGCAAUGGUGCUAUUGGUGCCUCAAUGAAGCGAUUUACUUAUGUUGUUUUCGUGCUGCAUAUUGUUCGCAAAUUUGCCAAUCACGGCAUUGGAAAGACGGUCACAGUAAAGUGUGUAGGAAUCAAAAUGAUCAACGCCAAGCAAGCUCCACAACAUGAAAUUGCGAUGUUAUUAAAUCUUUAUUGUUAGGUUUUUAAUGAUAUUUAUAUAGGUUAUAUGCUCUGAUUAGGUUCUGUUAAAUCGUUUUUGAAAACUAAUAAUUUUAUACACAGUUACACAAUUAAAUUCCUCAAGUGCUCCCAUAAGGGGUUUGUUUUGAUUAGGCCUUUGUAAUUGUUUACCUUUUCUUUUUUACCUAUGACAAUAUUUAUAUUUCGUACACGAAUUCAUUAGGUUUAGAUAUUUGGUUUACAUCACUAAAACUGUAUCACUAAUCUUCAAGUAAAAAGUUAGAAGCUCAUAAUUGGUAUUUAAAAUUAGCAAAUGGGAGUAAAUGCAUAUUUUAUCAAUGUACAUAUUAUAAAACGAGAAGUGGAUUAGAGAAGAGUUGAAAUAAAAAUUAAUAAUGUUAAGAAUAA